AUGAACCCGUCGUACCCGUCGCUAGGGCUGCCUUCCAGCGGCGGGCCGCCCCCACCGGGAGGAGCGCCGCGCCCCCAGCGACCCGCAAGCAAUGGCAACCCGAACUACUUUACCGACAAGAAAAAGGGCGAAGUGAACGAGCUCAAGAAUCUACUGCGCGAAGUCACGGUCGAAAAGGAUGUCAAGCGCAAGCGCGAGAUCAUCAAGAAAGUCAUUGCGUACAUGACGUUGGGCAUUGACGUCUCGCGUCUCUUUAGUGAGAUGGUGCUCUGUGUCGACACGAAGGACCUCAUCUCGAAGAAAAUGGUGUACCUCUACUUGACAAACUACGCGCAGAAGAACUCGGAGCUUGCCAUCAUGUGCAUCAAUACGCUCUUGAACGACUGCCGCAACGAAGAUCCGAUGGUGCGCGGCCUCGCGUUGCGCUCGCUGUGCUCCUUGCGGCUCGACUCUAUCCUCGAGUACAUCCACGACCCGUUGCAGGCGUCGCUCACGGACACGAGCGCGUACGUCCGGAAGACGGGCGUCAUUGGCAUCUUGAAGGUCUACUCGCUGAACCCGGAGCUUAUCAAAGAGAGCGACAUGAUCGACACGCUGUACAACAUGAUCCGUGACCGCGAUCCGCAGGUGGUUUCCAACUGCUUAGUCGCGCUGAACGAGAUCAUGGCGGACGAAGGCGGCAUUGCAAUCAACCAGCCGAUUGUGAUGCACUUGCUGAGUCGCAUAACGGACUUUAAUGAGUGGGGACAGUGCAAUAUCUUGCAGAUCGUUGCAAAGUACAAGUCUACUGGACCAGACGAGGUGUUUACGAUCAUGAACACACUGGAGCAGUGUCUACGCGUCUCGAGCAGUGCUGUCGUGCUCGGCACUGCCAAGUGCUUUUUCAAUCUUACGCAGACGCGUGGAAUGGAACAGAUUCAGGACCAAGUGUUUGAACGUAUGCGCCAACCUUUGCUCACGUUGAUGGCCGGCGGUAGUCACGAGAUCAACUACUGCGUGCUACACCACAUAUUGCUGCUGGUGGGAAAGAAGCCGCAUGUUUUCAGCCGCGACUAUCGCCAAUUUUACAAUCGAUACAACGAGCCCACGCACGUCAAAUACGUCAAGAUCGACAUCUUGGCUCUAGUCGCCGAUGGUGCCAACGUUGCUGAUAUUGUCACGGAGCUGAGCGAGUACGUGACGGACGUAGACCAGGAGCUGGCUCGCCGCGCGAUCCACGCGAUUGCAGACAUUGCGGUGAGCCCGAAUUUGUCUGUGAACACAUUGCCUCACCAAUACAUGGGCGGAGGCAACGUGCCCGAGGCUUAUGGCCAGCUUGCGGCUGAGCAGCUCGUUGAGCAGAUGCAAGAUCACAUCAUGGAUACGAUGGUGGACUUCUUGGAGCUGGACCUCGACUACGUGCGCGACGAGAGUCUCGUGGUCAUGAAGGACCUGUUGCGGAAGUACCCGGAAAAGCGUCACGAUGUGUUGCCUGUGCUCGCUCGCAUUAUCGCGGCAGUAGCGCAGCCUACUGCGAAGGCCGCAGUUGUGUGGAUGCUAGGCGAGUUUGGCCAGGAUCUUCGUCGUGCGCCGUACGUACUCGAGAAGCUCAUUGACACCUUCAAUGACGAGGCUGCUCCGUCUGUCUUGCUCGAACUACUUGUCGCAACGAUGAAGCUGUUCUUCAAGCGUCCUCCAGAGAUGCAGAGCAUGCUUGGCCGGUUGCUUGAAUCGGCGAUAAAUGAUUCGAACCACCAGGACGUGCGCGACCGUGCGUUGCUGUACUACCGUUUGCUCGCGCAGCAGCCCACGGAGCAGGCGGCCACAAUUGUGGCCCAGUUCCGUACAGAGGAGACGGUUAGCGUGUUUACCGAGAGCAUUGAGUCGGACUUGAAGGACAAGCUGUUCCAGGAGUUCAAUUCGCUUGCUGUGGUGUACAGCAAACCUAGCGAACUCUUCGUGUCGGCCUCGCACCUGACUGGAGCUGCUGCGCCUCUCGAUGACGACGAAGACGAGGAGAACGAGGAGGACGAAGCGUACGACAAUGAAGCUCCGAAACAGCAGCAGCAGCAACAACAACAGCAGCAGCAACAACAGCGCAGCACCGUGCCACCUCCACAGGCACCGUCCAUGCCCAACAUGGAUCUCCUGGAUAUGGACUUCAGCCCAGCCCCGAGUAACCCCCCGCCUCAAGCGGGAGGUCCUGCUUUCGCUUUGGUUCCGACACCAGUCAUGGAUGCGCCCAUGUUCCAGAGCCAAUGGGGCAGUAGGCCCGUCGUGGCUGAAGUGGUGGUCCAGUUGCCAAUCCUGCCCCCACAGAACGAACUAGAGCAGGCGUUUGCAUCGCACGGCAUCGUGACGAUCGCUUCGGGCGACGUGGGUCCGCAGUACAAGUUUUUCUUCUACGCCCAAGACACGCAGGGCCGCUACUUUAUGUCCGAGACAUUUGUCGAGAAGGCCACGCGCACGCUGCGGGCCACGAUCAAGGGCGUCGACGAUGGCUCGGGGUCCCAGUUUGCCGACGCCAUGCGACGUGUACUCUUCGGUUGA